GAACUACUGUGGAUAUAGGCUACUUCCUGAGAAACUCGGACAUUGACGUUAGGGUUAGAUCACACUAAUGUGUAGGCUGCUUUAUUUUACACAUGCGUUGUGAUUAACAGUGAGGACAACAUGAACGUGUGCUGGAGUGAGACAAGUCCUUUGUGUUCUAGGUCACCGGAGAUCAAUCUCUGCAGCUAUCCACGGCAAGGGACCAAGUCCAGUCAUCUCCCGUCUCUGCCUGUCAUCGAUCUGCUGCUGUUUCUGCUGUACACCAUCAUCGUCUGCGAUGUCCUGUACAUUCUGUUCGUUUGUUACGUGGCCCCCACCACGAGUACCGCCAGGCGGCAUUUGGACAGGCUACAACUAGUCAAAAGAGCCCACAAUGGACAGCUGAAUGGUAUGAACAAAAAGAAGAGUUUGACAAUUGACAAUCUGUGGAAGCGUCUGAAAGCAGAAGCCAGGCAUUUGAAGGCUAUGAAUGCUAGGCACAGGCUGAUCACACUCGCCAUGAUGGAAUCUCGACUGCAUGCUCGCAGUUUAGAAAGAGAGAGAACUCUGACGAGGAGCAGCAAGACGAGACUUGAUGACACAAAGGAGGACGAGAGUAUCACCAUGGCUCAGUGGGCGGCAAGGAUAGUCGCCGAGCAUGACCCUAGACGAAAGUAAGGUCAAGUAAGCAGGGUAAAGGGUCAUUCAAGGCCACAGGGUCAUACGGGCGGAGGAAGUUCCAAGCUUUUUCGUGGCCGAGUCUCAAGAGUGUGAUUUGAUGCCAGCACAAAGAUCUAACGCGGUCUGUUUACAGCUGUCGACAUCUAUUCAUUUCGAACAGAUAAAGUUACCAGACACCUGCAUGAACAAAGGAAGAAACAAAGGAAGACAAAUACUUACAAAGGAGGACGACAAAAAAAAAAUUCAACAUAAACGUUAAUAACUAACCAUACUAUUGAUCUUAUGGACCGUCUUUAAACGUACUAGUUAAUAUGAAAAUCAAGUAUUUAACAAACACGAUGUUAGAAUAUGAAGACUAACAAUUUAUUAGCAGAUCUCUGAAGUCC